AUGGAUGAAGAUGAAAUAUAUGUAGAUGAUAUACCGGGGAAUUCCAGAAGACAAAAGCAAAGAAGAAGAAAUGAAUUGCGUUUAAAUUACAAUUCCGAUUCAGAAGAGGAAGUAGAACAAGAGAAUGAUGAAGACGUUAAAGAACCAACAGAUAAACUAAAGGAAGUGGAUGUCAAUGAAAAUGAUGGUUCGGAUGACGAUAUGUUUGCCAGUGAUAAGGAGGAAGAUGAAGAAGAAGAGAAAUUGGAAGAUACUUCUAAGGCGAAUACUGAAGUUCCUAUAAAAAAUCUGAAUGAAUUGGAUAUGGAUCAAUUUGAAAAAGAAGAAGGAAUUGACGAUUAUAUACAAAGUGAAGAAGGUGGAAGUGAUGUAGAUGAUAAUGAUCCUGAUAAGAUAAAAUAUUUCACGAAUAUUGAAGAGAUGGACAAUAUUGAUGAUUCUAUUCAGGUUAAGAAGGGUAAUUGGAAACCAAAAAUUGAAGCGUUCAAUCUUCGAGAAGAGGCCGAGGAUGGAACUUUUGACCUCGAAGGAAAUUAUACAAGAAAGGAGCCACAAUCCGAUGAUGAGGAUCAUUGGUUAGACUCUACCAAGCGUUCGGAUAUAGAGAAUGCUCGUAAAUCACAAUUGGAAAGAGAGAAAUUGGCUAAAAUAAAGAAGAAAGCUCAAAUAAGCAUGAGUACAACUGAAUUAAUUGAACAACUUAUACCAAUCCUUGAGCCAGCAGAAACUCCACUUGAGCUUCUAGCUAGACUAGCACCUAAACAAAGCAGGAGGAAACGGAAUUUAUCUAAGCACGAACAUUCAUCCAGUAACAACGCAAGUGUUAUUCUGAUGGUGACAGAAGUUGUAGAAGCAUUGAUAUCCGAUAAGGCAGUAUCCGAUGCAUACGACUUAAGUAGAGAAGAGUACUUGAGGAUGUAUAAGAAUGAAACUGGAGUUGAAUAUAAGAUUGUUACGAAAAAGAGACCUAGGGAGUCUUCAGAUAAUGAAGAUGAAAAUAAUGAAGAUGAUUAUGGUACAAAAAUAUGGGAAUUUAAAUGGAAUGGACAAGAAGAAAUUAAUGGUCCUUACUCUGAAUAUGAAAUGAAAUACUGGAAAGAAAGUUAUUUUGAGAAUUCGGUUCAAGUAAGAAAGAUUGGAGAAGAACUAUUUCAAGAUGUUGCAAAUGUUGAAUUUGAAUAA